UUGUUUGUUUCCCUCGAUUCGAUUGCGUCUGCAAACGCGCCAACGGCUAUUUUGUCCCCACCGGAGCCGGAGCUCCUCAACGUCGAAACCCUAAUUUCCUCCAUGUCCGUCUCAUCGUCGAUUUUACCCAAUUUUGUUUGAAUUUCAGAAAGCAAUCGAAGUGAAUCGAGUGAUUUUAACGUGAAAAGGAAGAGAGGGGUUCGAUUAGUGUGGGUUGUGGGAUAUUAUGAAAAUGACGGAGAUGGAGCAGCCAAAGAAAGUUGCUGAUAGGUAUCUCAAACAAGAGGUUCUUGGGCAAGGUACCUAUGGAGUCGUCUUCAAAGCCACUGAUACUAAGACGGGACAAACUGUAGCAAUAAAGAAGAUAAGGCUAGGUAAACAAAGGGAAGGUGUAAAUAUUACAGCUCUCAGAGAAAUCAAAAUGCUCAAAGAGCUAAAGCAUCCACAUAUAAUUCUUCUGAUUGAUGCGUUUCCUCACAAGGAGAACUUGCAUCUUGUUUUUGAGUUCAUGGAGACUGAUCUUGAAGCUGUCAUCCGCGAUUCCAACAUUUUCCUUUCACCCGCCGACAUCAAAUCUUACCUACUUAUGACGUUUAAAGGACUUGCUUAUUGCCACGAUAAAUGGGUUUUGCACAGGGAUAUGAAGCCUAAUAACUUGUUAAUAGGAGUCGAUGGACAGCUGAAGCUUGCAGAUUUUGGGUUAGCUCGUAUAUUUGGUAGCCCAAAUCGUAAAUUUACUCAUCAGGUGUUUGCUAGAUGGUACAGAGCACCGGAACUUUUGUUUGGUGCAAAACAGUAUGGUGCUGCAGUUGAUGUUUGGGCAGCUGGCUGCAUAUUCGCCGAACUUUUGUUACGCAGACCGUUUCUUCAGGGAAACAGUGAUAUCGAUCAAUUAAGCAAAAUAUUUGCUGCCUUUGGAACACCAAAAGCAGAUCAGUGGCCUGAUGUCACAAACCUUCCCGAUUAUGUAGAGUAUCAAUUUGUCCCUGCACCGUCUCUGCGUUCUUUAUUUCCAGCAGUGAGUGAUGAUGCUCUCGACUUGUUGUCCAAAAUGUUUACCUAUGACCCAAAGGCUAGAAUUUCCAUUGAACAGGCUCUAGAACACAGGUACUUCACUUCUGCACCUGCUCCUACCGACCCGGCUAAGCUCCCAAAGCCAAUUCGCAAGCUGGAUGGUCAAUCCUCUGACGGUAAACAUGAGGCCAUUAGAGUGUUAUCACCACCACGUAAGCUUAGAAGAGUGAUGCCUGAGCGUGGGAGGGUUGAUAGUUUGAAGUCUCAUGUUGACAAGGAUCAACAAGCACCCAUGUCAUUAGAUUUUACCAUCCUUGCUGAGCGACCUCCAAACCGGCCAACUAUCACUAGUGCUGAUAGAUCCCAUCUGAAGAGAAAACUCGAUCUUGAAUUCCAAUAAGACUGUUGGUUUUGCACUCUUGCCUCGUGAGACCACAACAUUGUUAAGUUGUCAAAUUACUGCUGCUUGUGUUAGCUGGCGAUUUAUUCCUUUUCAUUUUUUUAGCAUAAUUACAAAUCAGAGGGAUCCUAAAUUCACAAUGAUAAUAUUUUGUUGUCCAAUAGGGUUUAUUCAUUGUAAACUACCUGUACUAUGCCGUCUAUGAUUUAUAACUACUUUUGGUUCUGGAAA